AUCUUUACUAAUUUUGUUUUAUAUUUAUAUAGUUGGAUAUCACGCCAAGGAUAAGACCCCUUUGCGGCUGAUAGUGGGGUACAUGAGAGGGGGAUCCACACUGACGGCUGACCUUGUCCGCCACACGGAGGGCGACUUCUACAUGUUUGAACCAUUACAUGGUGUAUGGCAGGCAAUAAGACAAAACAGAUCCACACAAUUUCUAAAUGGAACUGUCAGAAACAUUGUCAAAGAGGAACAACAAUCAGUCUACGCAGAAUUACUUUACCAUUGGUUUACGUGUAAGUUUGAUAAUAUCGAUAUUACCUCUUUAACAAACCGUUUUAUAUUGCAUCACACUCCAGAACUCAGAGACUACUACUACUGUGUAGCAUCGAACAGGAAACAUCAAAACAAAACUAAACUAAGAAUUGUGAAAACUUGCGCAUUACUCUUACGAAUCAAAUGUAGAAGUGCGGCGUCAAGGACGAUAAAAACCGUCCGACUUUCUAUAUUUAUGGCGGGAAAGCUCUUAAAAUGGCUUCCAAAUUUAAAAAUUAUUUAUUUGCUUCGAGAUCCCCGUGGAAUAGUAAACUCUCAAUUUGAGCAUUUUAUAAAUGAGGGGAAAAAUGUGUCUACGCUAGCCAGGGAACUGUGUAACACUAUUUCGUAUGAUCUGUCGAGUUUUGAAGACCUCGAACCCUGUCACAAGAGAAGAAUGAUGAAAGUUAUAUACGAACAACUCUGCCAGUAUCCAAAUAUAGAAGUGGCUAAAAUAUAUGCCUUUUUGAAUGUGGAGUAUACGGCAGAAAGAAAAUGGUUCGUGGAAAGGAUUAUGAAAGGACCUAUUUGGCGUUGCGCCUAUUGUACAGAUCGAGGAAAUGCACUGAAAAACGCCUACAGAUGGAUUUCUCUUAUAAGUGAAGAUACUUUAAAUAUUACCGAGUUAUGGUGUUCAUUUUUGUUUUCAAAAUUAGGAUAUCAACACCUGGAGUAUAACAUACUGAACACGACUCGCGUUUCCUGGAUAACCCCUACAUAGAACAUGUAGAACAUGGGAAAGA